AUGACGCCCACCCCUCCCUCUACAACGUCAUCCAAUUCUGGACAGUCUCCAGAUGGCCAGUUCCGCGUCGUCCGCAAGAGGAAUAGGGUGCCCCUCUCAUGUGCACCCUGCAGGCACAGGAAGCUCAAGUGCAAUCGCGGGCACCCUUGCGACAACUGCACCAAACGAGGUGAUAAUGCCUCCUGCACGUACGCAACUCCUGGGAGUCGCAAGAAAAACUCAUCCACUCACAGCGCCAUGACCUCUCCCGACGACAUGCAAAAUCGCAUCGACCGCCUGGAAGGGCUAGUUCUUUCCCUUAUGACGAAUGGAUCACAGUCGGCCGGUCCCGCUGCCGCCGCCGCCGCCAUUGCCAACAUGAACGCGUCUUCUAACUCCCAGAGCCACCAAGGCAGUAUCAGUGGCAGUAGCACCACCAUGGACCAAAUCGACGUGGAUGCGCCCGAACCGAUCAAAGAAGAGCAAGGGGGUACAGCUCACGAAGACAGCGACGUUGAACAGGUAGCUAAGUCCAUUGGAGUCAUGAAGGUGGACAACAACAAGACCAUAUUUGCAUCCGAAGCCCACUGGUACGCCAUCUUGGGCGAGAUUGCCGAAGUGAAAACCUACUUCAACGACCACAAGAAGCAGUACGAGGAGCAGUUGCGUAGGCAUCAAACCGCAUACACGGAUGACAUAAGCCCCGGCACUGCGUUCUUGUUUGGCUCAGUGCAGCCCGCAGAACGGGCGGAACUGAUGGCAGCGUUCCCCGCGAAAGUGGUUGCCGACCUGCUAAUCACCCGGUACUUCAACGUGUACGAUCCUGGCUUUCACAUCAUUCAUGGACCUACUUUCCAGAAACAGUACGACCAACAUUGGUUAAAUCCCGACGAGACCCCGGUCAUCUGGCUCGGCAUGGCCUAUGCCAUGAUGUGCAUCGCCCUUCAAUCUUACCACCGCGCAGGAGAUGAGCCUCCUGAAUAUCGCGGAAAGACUUGGGACAUGUCCAGCGAGUACAGGAGGCGUUGUGCACAAUGUCUACUGAGGGCCGACAUCACAACUCCGGUGGCGAAUACGCUGGAAACGCUUAUUCUCCACGUACAGGCCGAAUACGCCCGCAGCAGAGACGCCGAGGUUGGCGUCUUGGUCAGCUGGACAAUCAUCGUUCGCUUGGCUAUGCGUAUGGGCUACCACAGAGAUCCGGCGCCUUACAGGGCGCUAUCGCCUUUCAACGGCGAGAUGCGCCGCCGCGUCUGGUGCGUCGUGAGGAAAAUGGAUCUUCUGUUCUCCCACCAAAUGGGACAGCCGCCCAUGAUCAGAGCUACUGAUACCAGCGCUGAACUCCCGCGGAAUAUCUACGAUGAUGAGCUCUUCGAGGAGAUGAAGUCACUUCCGCCGUCAAGGCCAAUGACCGAAGCAACUCCCUGCUCAUACAUGAUUGCGAAAUCCCGUCUCGUGUACGGUUUCUCGGAGGUGGUUGAAAAGUCUCAAGUUUUGAGUUGCACCUCUUACGACGGCAUCACCAAGCUUGAUCAACGAUUACGUGAGAUUCACGCAGAGACGCCGCCUCACCUUCAACUGCGGUCGAUGGAGGAAUCGGCAAGGGAUCCGGCGACGUUGAUUAUGCAGCGAUUCAGCCUUGAACUCCUCUACUUGAAGUCACAGAUUGUGCUUCACAAGAAGUUCCUAGGUCCCUCUCGCGAGAACGCCAGAUAUGCCUACUCCCGCCGUACCUGCAUCGAUGCCUCAAUGGCAAUGCUCAGGCAUCAGGCUACGAUACAUCAUGAAUCCCAACCAAAUGGCCGCCUGCGGACCGUGAAGUGGUUCAUAACGUCUCUGACAAUGAACGACUUCCUUGUGGCAGCAAUGGUCGUUGCUCUUGACCUCUACCACAUAUCGGAGGCCGAUCGUGCAGGCCGUUCAACGGCCGGCGAUCUUUACGGCUGGUCCCACAACCGGAGAGAUGAAAUGUUCGCGGCUGUCGAGCGCGCGAUACCCAUUUGGAGGGAGCUCCAAAACGGCUCUAUGGAGGCGUACAAAGCCCACACGGCUCUUAUUGUUAUGGUCAACACGCUCAAAUCGAACCAAUCAUCGAGAGCACAGGACUUCGCUACGGCGGCCGCGGCGUAUCCCGCUACUGCCAGCAUUCAGGAUGACGCAAAUGUUGCACCGGAGCACUCGGCUGCAAUGACUCUUGGGAUGCUUAGCACAGGUGCAUUAACUCCCAACAGCUCAAACAUGUUCGAUAACAGACCUUCGUUCCCCGCUUCCAUGGGCAACAUCCUGAACGAUCCCCUGCCUGCAGUCUCAUCCGGUACUGGGCUCACCCCACAAUACACCGGCCCUUCCUCCGGCGGUGAGAAUGGUGGUCCAAUUUCCGCGGCGAGCCCCUUCUCGCAAAUGUUUGGUGCAUCGAACAUGUCACUACAAGGCAUGGACGUACCUUCAACCAACCUUGACUGGGAUGCUUGGGAUUCCUAUGUUCAGGGCACUGCCAUGGACCCCUCGAACCCCAUGUGGCCAAUGGGUAUGCCGGAUUUGAUGUCGGAUGCAAGCGCGAUGCCACAACAACCACAACAACAGUCGCCAACAAGUUCGCAACCCCAACAACAGCAACCAGUGAACACUGCGUUUAUGGGCGGUGGGAGCGUUUUCAUGGGCAACGGCACACCGGAGAGGAACACGAUGAUGUAG